AAUAAUCGUUAUCAUUGCACAUAAAAAUUACAGCAGAUAAUCAGCCACCACUUUGAAGCGUGCAUGCGCACUAACCCACCAUUUGUCUCUCCUCCUUUGCCUCUCCCAUCAAUAUCCCUAGCAAGCCAGAAUAAGUAUAAAAACACAACACCAGAAUAAGUAGGAAAACCCCUUCUUUUUAUCUCUCUCCUCUUUCCGGCUUCAAUCCUUCUUGUUUCCCUCCCUCCUCAUCUCAUGCAGACGCAAAGGAAUUAAAGAAAGGUGUACAGAGGGUUUUCUUUUUUAGAGAGAACACAGAGCUAUAACAAGAGAACACAUGCGCGCAGAACAUGAAACCAAAACCACCCAUGCUCGUAUACUUCGUUAUCUCCCUCAUCCUCUCCCUCCCCCUCCUUUUCUUCUUCUUCUGCUUCAAAACCAACACCUACACACCACCCGGAAACCCCAACUCUGACCUAAAGAUCCGGCCCGGGUACACCACGUACAAAACCUACAUACAACGUCAACUAAACAAGACCCUCAAUCCAAAACUGAGAAAAAUAUGGACAACCCGUGAUUGGGACCGCAAAAUCCAAGUCUUUGCUGACUUCUUCCAAGUUUUGAAACAAGAAAACCUUCUCUUCAACGAAUCCAAGGCCUUGUGUAUCGGUGCCCGUGUAGGGCAAGAGGUCGAGGCCUUACGACGCAUCGGCGUAUCAGACUCCGUUGGUAUGGACCUGGUGCCGUAUCCACCCCUCGUUGUAGAGGGUGAUUUCCAUCGCCAGCCGUUCGAUGAUGGGACUUUUGACUUUGAGUUCUCAAACGUGUUUGAUCACGCUCUGUUUCCGGACAAGUUCGUUGGAGAGAUCGAACGGACGUUGAAGCCUGGCGGGAUAUGUGUCUUACACGUGGCGCUUUCUAGAAGGGCUGAUAAGUACUCGGCUAAUGAUUUGUACAGUGUUAAACCGUUGGUUAAUUUGUUUACGAAUUCUAAGGUUGUUCGUGUCCGGAAAGUUGAUGGGUUUGGGUUGGAUACAGAAGUGGUGUUUAGGAAGAUCGAAAAACAAGAUCAGGAGAUGAUCCGAGGAUCCCGAUGAUUUCGUUUCUUUUCCCCCCUACGAUUUGCUUUCUUUGAAUGAAUUAUUAUCAAUCAUUAUUUCUUAA